AUGGCUCCCAAGCGGCGCGGUGAUGAUUCCACGGCAAGCGGUUCGGAGAAGCGCCCCAAGAAUCUGGAUUCCCGCGAUACCAAAGGCCAGAAGAAGAAUGAGCGAAUGCGCAUGCGGCGGGCUGACAUGUCACCGGGAACCAAGGCCAGGGAAGCGGAAAGAAAGCGGCAGCAGCGAGUGGCUGUGUCACCGGGCACCAAGGCCAGGGAAGCGGAAAGAAAGCGACAGCAGCGAGUGGCCACGUCACCGGGCACCAAGGCCAGGGAAGCGGAAAGAAAGCGGCAGCAGCGUGUGGCCGCGUCACCGGGCACCAAGGCCAGGGAAAUGGAAAGAAAGCGAGUGGCCGUGUCACCGGGCACCAAGGCCAGGGAAGCGGAAAGAAAGCGGCAGCAGCGGGUGGCCGCGUCACCGGGCACCAAGGCCAGGGAAGCUCAAAGAAAGCGGCAUCAGCGAGUAGCCGCGUCACCGGGCACCAAGGCAAGGGAAUCGGAAAGAAAGCGGCAGCAGCGAGUGGCCGCGUCACCGGGCACCAAGGCCAGGGAUAUGGAAAGAAAGCGAGUGGCCGUGUCACCGGGCACCAAGGCCAGGGAAGCUGAAAGAAAGCGUGUGACCGCGUCACCGGGCACCAAGGCCAGGGAAGCUCAAAGAAAGCGGCAUCAGCGAGUGGCCGUGUCACCGGGCACCAAGGCCAGGGAAUCGGAAAGAAAGCGGCAGCAGCGAGUGGCCGCGUCACCGGGCACCAAGGCCAGGGAAAUGGAAAGAAAGCGAGUGGCCGUGUCACCGGGCACCAAGGCCAGGGAAGCUGAAAGAAAGCGAGUGGCCGCGUCACCGGGCACCAAGGCCAGGGAAGCGGAAAGAAAGCGGCAGCAGCGGGUGGCCGCGUCACCGGGCACCAAGGCCAGGGAAGCUCAAAGAAAGCGGCAUCAGCGAGUAGCCGCGUCACCGGGCACCAAGGCCAGGGAAUCGGAAAGAAAGCGGCAGCAGCGAGUGGCCGCGUCACCGGGCACCAAGGCCAGGGAUAUGGAAAGAAAGCGAGUGGCCGUGUCACCGGGCACCAAGGCCAGGGAAGCUGAAAGAAAGCGAGUGACCGCGUCACCGGGCACCAAGGCCAGGGAAGCUCAAAGAAAGCGGCAUCAGCGAGUGGCCGUGUCACCGGGCACCAAGGCCAGGGAAUCGGAAAGAAAGCGGCAGCAGCGAGUGGCCGCGUCACCGGGCACCAAGGCCAGGGAAAUGGAAAGAAAGCGAGUGGCCGUGUCACCGGGCACCAAGGCCAGGGAAGCUGAAAGAAAGCGAGUGGCCGCGUCACCGGGCACCAAGGCCAGGGAAGCGGAAAGAAAGCGGCAGCAGCGGGUGGCCGCGUCACCGGGCACCAAGGCCAGGGAAGCUCAAAGAAAGCGGCAUCAGCGAGUGGCCGUGUCACCGGGCACCAAGGCCAGGGAAUCGGAAAGAAAGCGGCAGCAGCGAGUGGCCGCGUCACCGGGCACCAAGGCCAGGGAUAUGGAAAGAAAGCGAGUGGCCGUGUCACCGGGCACCAAGGCCAGGGAAGCUGAAAGAAAGCGAGUGACCGCGUCACCGGGCACCAAGGCCAGGGAAGCUCAAAGAAAGCGGCAUCAGCGAGUGGCCGUGUCACCGGGCACCAAGGCCAGGGAAUCGGAAAGAAAGCGGCAGCAGCGAGUGGCCGCGUCACCGGGCACCAAGGCCAGGGAAAUGGAAAGAAAGCGAGUGGCCGUGUCACCGGGCACCAAGGCCAGGGAAGCUGAAAGAAAGCGAGUGGCCGCGUCACCGGGCACCAAGGCCAGGGAAGCGGAAAGAAAGCGGCAGCAGCGGGUGGCCGCGUCACCGGGCACCAAGGCCAGGGAAAUGGAAAGAAAGCGAGUGGCCCUGUCACCGGGCACCAAGGCCAGGGAAGCUGAAAGAAAGCGAGUGGCCGCGUCACCGGGCACCAAGGCCAGGGAAGCGGAAAGAAAGCGGCAGCAGCGGGUGGCCGCGUCACCGGGCACCAAGGCCAGGGAAAUGGAAAGAAAGCGAGUGGCCGUGUCACCGGGCACCAAGGCCAGGGAAAUGGAAAGAAAGCGAGUGGCCCUGUCACCGGGCACCAAGGCCAGGGAAGCUGAAAGAAAGCGAGUGGCCGCGUCACCGGGCACCAAGGCCAGGGAAGCGGAAAGAAAGCGGCAGCAGCGGGUGGCCGCGUCACCGGGCACCAAGGCCAGGGAAAUGGAAAGAAAGCGAGUGGCCGUGUCACCGGGCACCAAGGCCAGGGAAGCGGAAAGAAAGCGGCAGCAGCGGGCCAGGGAAGCGGACAGAAAGCGGCAGCAGCGGGUGGCCGCGUCACCGGGCACCAAGGCCAGGGAAGCUCAAAGAAAGCGGCAUCAGCGAGUAGCCGCGUCACCGGGCACCAAGGCCAGGGAAUCGGAAAGAAAGCGGCAGCAGCGAGUGGCCGCGGCAUGGGGUACCAAGGCCAGGGAAGCGGAAAGAAAGCGACAGCAGCGAGUGGCCGCGUCACCGGGUACCAAGGCCAGGGAUGCGGUGCAUAGACGGCAGCAGCGAGUGGCCGCAUCACCGGGCAGCAAGGCCAGGGAAGCUCAAAGAAAGCGGCAGCAGCGAGUGGCCGCGUCACCGGGCACCAAGGCCAGGGAAGCUGAAAGCGGCAGCAACGAGUGGCCGCGUCACCGGGUACCAAGGCCAGGGAAGCGGUGCGUAGACGGCGGCAGCGAGCGGCUGCGUGACCGGGCACCAAAACCAGGGAAGCGAAAUGAAAGCGGCAGUAGUGGCUGUCGUCGCAACCGGGUCCAAGCACUGACUACAGCAACACACCCAGCGGGCAAGCUGUCGGGCUUCUUCGGCGCGCUGAAGAUAGCUAGCGACAUCAACAUUCUCUUCCGACCGCUGAACCUCAUCUUUGACGAUGUCAGCGAUCGAGGCCACUUGAGGCUGCGGCGACGGGAAGAUCUUUUGAAGCUCCUCUCGUACGACUGCUCUGAUAGCCUCGCGCAGUUCUUCGGAGGCCAGUGA